GGCUGCAACCUGCGCGAUGAGCUCGUCAAGCGCAAGAUCAACGUCUACCAGUCGCUCACGCGGUGGACCAACUGCAACGGCAAGCAGCUCUGCGGCACCUGCAUCGUCGACGUCCCCGAAGGGGUCGAGAGCUGCACGCGGCGAUCGCUCGACGAGGCGUCGACGCUGCGCGAGAACCCGCCCACGUACAAGCUCGCCUGCAUCACAAACCUCUACGGCGAUGCCACCGUCAAGCUCAUGCCC